AAUGGUAUGGAUAGAGCUCAGACAAAGCGAAAGCGGAGGCGUGACUUGGAGAAGAGUGUUUUUGAUUUUGAAGCAAGCAUUCCUGAGAUGGAAAAGUGGGUCAAGGAACAACUCGAGAACGACAUUUCGGUAAGCCGAAAAAUCACGAAAUCCAGCACGCCCAGAUUACUAAAAUAAGGGAUAUCGAACGGGC